CCCAACUCAUCUCUGUUUGGGAUCCGUCCAUAUAUUCAUACGUCCAUGGUUUAUUUUACAUAUCAAGAGUAAUAAACAUGUGCUCUGAAAUUUUUUUUACCGCGUUGCGAGGAUCGCAAGGUCGUUCGCAGCGUGUAGUACGUGACCGACGUAAGGCGAGAACAUGCGAGAGGUUAUACCCCAAUAGAUAACUCAGUUGGCACAGCACUUGCCCAUCACCAGGAGGAGUUCAAAUUGAACCAUAUCCUUCAGAAUUUUUACGCCGAAAAAGUGUUGAAUACCGACUGAAAAUGAAUGGUACAGCCUUGAUGCUCCGAACCAUGAGAUCCAGGGACGUGAUAAGUUCAUUUAAUAAACUCCGAACAGAAGACGUCACGAAAAGACAGAGACCGCAUGUAAUCCUUUGUAACGCAUCCAUGUCGACUAAACCAGAAUUGACAUCGGUUAGAUACAAAGUUCAACGCGGGCCGUAUGCUUCAAUUUCUGACGCUCAUCUUCAACACUUUCAACAUCUUCUUGGUCACGAAAGAGUAAUCACUGAUUCGGAAGAAUGUGAGAGCUACAACAUAGAUUGGGCAAAUACGGUUAGAGGAGCCAGCAGAGUCGUCCUCAAGCCAAAAACUACUGAAGAAGUAUCAGCCAUAUUGCGGCAUUGCGAUAAGAAUAAGUUAGCAGUUUGCCCGCAAAGUGGAAAUACGGGUCUUGUCGGUGGCAGUGUCCCGAUUUUCGAUGAAAUUGUUAUUUCCAUGACUCUUAUGAAUAAAGUUUUGGAUGUGAAUCCAUUAACGGGUACAUUGGUCUGCGAAGCUGGCUGUAUUUUGGAAAAGUUGGAAAAUCACGUGGAGCAGUACGGCUUAAUUAUGCCCUUAGAUUUAGGUGCCAAAGGCAGUUGUUUAAUCGGUGGUUGCGUUUCAACUAAUGCUGGCGGUUUGCGAUUACUUCGAUAUGGAAAUCUUCACGGAACUGUCACAGGACUAGAAGCAGUUAAGGCAGAUGGAACAGUGAUCGACUGCUUGAACACAUUAAAAAAAGAUAAUACAGGGUAUCAUAUAAAACAUUUAUUUAUUGGUUCUGAAGGCACUUUGGGAAUAGUAACAAAAGUAGCUAUAAAAUGUCCACCACUUCCAAAGACAGUAAAUGUGGCAUUUUUAGGGUUAAACAGUUUCGAUGAUGUACUUAAACUUUAUAGCCUAGCAAAAGCAGAAUUGAGCGAGAUUCUAUCAGCGUGCGAAUUGAUAGACAGAAGAUCGUUAGAAGUUUGUAUCAACACGCUAGGUUUGCAGAAUCCUCUAGCAAUUGACAAUGAUGGAUAUAAUUUUUAUGUUUUACUUGAGACUUCAGGAAGCAAUUCUGCACAUGAUGAGGAAAAGCUUAAUAUCCUUCUCGAGAAAGCAUUGUCUAUGGAUGUAAUCGCCAAUGGCACAAUUGCAACUGAACCCACUAAGAUAAAAAAUUUGUGGGCACUUAGAGAAAGAAUCGCCGAAGGGGUGAUGCAUGACGGCUAUGUCUUCAAAUAUGACCUUUCAUUACCUGUCCAAGAAUUUUAUAAAAUAGUAGAGACUCUUCGGGAUCGCUUACGACAUUAUCCAAGCGUCAUCCGAAUAAGUGGAUAUGGUCAUCUAGGUGAUGGAAAUAUCCAUUUGCAAGUUUCUACGAAAAAUUAUGACAAGGAAAUCGCAUCUCAACUGGAGCCUUUUGUUUUCGAAUUCGUAUCCAAGUUACGUGGCAGUAUAAGCGCCGAGCAUGGAAUUGGAUUUAAAAAAACCCAGUUUUUGCACUUGAGCAAGGAUACGUCAGCGAUUGAGACUAUGCGUCAAUUAAAAAAAUUAAUGGAUCCUAAUGGAAUAUUGAAUCCUUAUAAAGUGCUGUACCCUUUUUAAUAUAUGGAAUUACACGUAGAAAAGCAACCUAUUAAACUGACAGAAAAAUCUGUAAAAUGUACCGAUUUUAUCUGUUAGGGGUUAAAUAGGGGCAGCAGAUUAUUUUUGUUAGCAUUACAGUCAAGUUUCUGUGACUCGAUUCCGUAAAGAUUACAGAUAACUAUCUGUAGAGAUUACAGAGAAGUAUUUGUAGGUGUUAUAGAUAAAGAUUUGUAAAUAUUACGGAUAAGUAAUUGUAAAGAUUACAACUUGACACAUGUAAAAAUAACAGAACAAUAUCCGUGAAGCUAACCGGAAAUUUUUGUAAAUGUUGCAAAUAAAAUUAUGUAAUAGUUACAGAUAUA